AUGCGGUUUAUCUUCCUGUUGCUGUUACGCCACGCAAGUAAAUCUGUUCGCGAUCUGGAUUGGGUGCCACCUCCGCCGGAGGAAUGGUCCAAAAAAGAGAUUGAAAAAGAUGUGAAACGUUAUUGGGAACUGGAAUGGUCAAAAAGCAAACACCUGAAAGAAUGUGCUGACCAUGUUCUCCAGAUAAUACCGGUUUAUUUCUGGCCGGGAGAACGGGUCGACCUACCCUGCUAUAUGUGCGAAUUGGCCAUGGCUUACAACGGGAAAGUAAAGUACUGGGCUAUGGCAGAAGAUAUGAUCGAAUUUCUCACAGCCCCGCAGCUGAACGUUGUAAUGAACAAAGCUCUUUACGAUAUAGUGGAAAAUGAUGUCGAAAAACAUCACAGCAAAAGCAACGAUGUUCCUGCAUACAAAAUGGUCAAUCUCGCGAUGAAUAAUGGAAACGCAAGGAUUGAAAUGGUUGCGCCAAUAUUUUUACAAAGAAAUGGCAAGCUUUCGAUACUAAAUGCUGGUGUUACUUCACAGGGAGUUUAUUUUUGUUAUGAUGAACUAUCGCUAGGAAUUACGAAUGUUUUCUACGUUCUGCUCGCGAUGAUACCACCGGUCUCAAUCGUGGAUAGCAAGAUAACAAAAGAAACAGCUGAUGCAUAUGGGGACGGAUGUGGUGAAGCUACUACGCACAUCAUGCCCUCAUUCAAUUGGCGAUUUCGUUUCCAGCCGACAUUUCGUGACGAGAAACCCACCCACUGUGUUUCGGGAUCCUUCUGCGGCGGAUACAAGGAAGUUGCCAUCGUCGGAGUACAUAAUGCAACCAAUAAAACGUUUGAGUGUUCUCUAGAUGGAUGCAGGGUCAAUGUACCUCCGCUGAAGAUGCCUACAGCAACGUUUGAUCCCGGCCUUGACAUCGAGCUGCGUUGGGAGCAGUGGACAAGUUGCGAGGGAAAUGUCCCGUCUCAGAGAAGAGAGGCACAUUGCUACUUGGUGGCUCGCCCUGGUUUCGAAGUGGACGAAAACGCAGAAGAUUUGGCUUCCACUAUUGAUCAAUAUAUUUGGAUGGUGAAAAUUAGCCAACUGGUGCACACCGACUCGUUGAGAAGUACGGGUAUUCGCCUAUACAGUUCCUUUGUGGCAUCGGCUCUGUAUCGCGAAGAAUACCUUACUGGAUGUGCUGACAUCGAAGAAGGCGUACUUGUAGCGGCAGACGACAUAUGGAGAAAAUAUUUCUUGUUACCAAUGGGAGUAGUUCAGGAAGAUGGCAAACCUAUAGAUCAAGAGGAUAAUGAAGCGUUUACUCUAAGAAGUCCUUUUCAGGCUUGUCUAAGAUACGAAAAAGCUUCAAGUACUGAUGAGAUAAUCAUUGGUACAUACAUGACUGAAACUCGUGAUUGCCCAUAAAGAAGAAACAGAAACGGAUUGGUGGUAGUUAUUGUUUUGAGGAAAUUCACCGGCAAACACCAAUAAUUGAAGAAAUAAAUAUUUGUUUUUA